AUGUUUCAUAGCGAGGAUGAAGGUUUUGAGUUCUAUAACAAGUAUGCUCUUGAGAAAGGCUUUAGUGUGAGAAAAGGCUAUGUUGAGUGGGAUGAAGCGAACGAGAAGAUAAUUAUGAGGAAACUUGUCUGUAGUCGUGAAGGUUGCCGUGAAGAGAAGCACAUGAAGAGGAAGAGAGAAGAUAGGAAGAGGAAGCCACGGAAUAUCACUCGUGUGGGGUGUAAAGCGAAAUUUGUCAUUGCAAGAGUCGCAAAAACAGGGCGGUGGUUUGUGAAGGAUUUCAUCGAUGAACACAACCAUCCUCUGGCCCCACGAGACCUUGCUUGCUUUUUGCGUUCCCACAGAAGAAUCAGCGACGAGCAGAAAGCGGACAUUAUAGAGAUGGAAAGUGUUGGAAUCCGGAAACACAAAAUCAUGGAUGUGUUGUGCAUGCAGUACGGUGGAUAUGACCAUGUUGGAUGCAUGACGAGGGACAUCUAUAACUUCUGUCAUCGCUACAAGCAGGAAACAGUCGCUGCCGGUGAUGCUCAGACGGUGAUCUGUCACAUGAUGGCGCGGCAAGAGAGAGACCCAGAUUAUUUCUUCAAAUACUUGGUUGAUAAAGAUGGGCAUCUGAAGGGAUUGUUCUGGUCCGAUACUCAAUCCCGCCUUGACUACGAGGCUUUCGGCGAUGUUGUGGUUUUUGAUAGCACAUACAGGACCAAUAAGUACAAUCUGCCGUUUGUGCCAUUUGUCGGGUUGAAUCACCACCGCAGCACAGUUAUCUUUGGAUGCGGGAUCAUUUCUCAUGAAACUAACGAGGCGUACGAGUGGAUGUUGCGGACAUUUUCUGAAGCCAUGUCGCAGAAGCAUCCGAUAUCUGUAAUCACUGACGGGGACCUUGCAAUGCAGAGAGCGAUCAAGGUGGUGUGGCCUGACUCAUACCACAGGCUGUGUGUAUGGCACAUUCAGCAGAACAUCGUACGCCAUCUCCAUGAUGAUGAGGUUAGGGAAGAAUUCAGAUCUUUCAUAUAUGACUCAUCUUCUAUUGAAGAGCAUGAGAGAAAAUGGAUAGAGUUCUUACGAAGGAAUGAAGUGACAAGUGAGGAGUCAUGGCUGCAUCAGAUGUAUCAGAUGAGGAAGCUGUGGUGUGCUCCAUACCUGGUGGGGCGCUGUUUCUUAGGAUUGAGCAGCAAUCAGCGGAGUGAGAGCCUAAACUCCGUGCUACAUACACAUCUUGAGGGUAAGAUGACAUGUUUGAUAUGCUAG